AGAUCGGAUUUAUAAUGUCUGGUUGGGAUAAAAAAGCUGCCGACCAGGAGAUUUCUAAAUUGGUUAAUAAUAUUAAUAUCAGUAAUGAUAAAGUAUCUGGAAAUUCUUUCGAGGAUCAGGCUGAUGUUGCAAGUCCUGCUGAGACAAGCCUAUUGCUUAAAAUAAUACGCAAAGGUUUAGUUCAUACGAAUUUAGAUCUGGAAAUUCAGAGAAAAGACCCUACAUCACCUUUAUACUCUGUCAAAUCAUUUGAAGCUCUGCAUUUAAAACCGGAGUUAUUGAAAGGGAUAUAUGCGAUGGGAUUUAACACACCAUCAAAGAUUCAAGAAACUGCUUUACCGACAUUAUUAGCAGAUCCUCCGCAAAAUAUGAUUGCUCAAAGUCAGUCGGGUACUGGAAAGACAGCUGCUUUUGUGUUGGCUAUGUUGAGUCGAGUGAAUACGAAAUUAAAUUUUCCUCAAGUAUUGUGCUUAUCUCCUACGUAUGAGCUAGCAAUACAAACAGGUGAAGUUGCAGCGCGAAUGGCACAAUUUUGUCCUGAUAUCAAAAUGAAGUUUGCUGUUCGAGGGGAAGAAGUUGCUCCCAAUACUAAAUUAAGCGAACAUAUUAUUAUUGGAACUCCAGGAAAAAUUUUAGACUGGGGAUUAAAAUAUCGUGUAAUUGAUCUUAAAAAAAUUAGUGUGUUUGUAUUGGAUGAAGCGGAUGUAAUGAUAGCCACGCAGGGUCACCACGACCAAUGUAUUCGUAUUCAUAAACAACUUACUUCUAAGUGUCAAAUGCUUUUUUUUUCUGCUACAUACGAUAAAGAAGUAAUGGAUUUUGCACAACAUAUUGUUAACAAUCCUAUUAUUAUAAGAUUGUUACGAGAACAAGAAUCGUUAAAUAAUAUAAAGCAGUAUUAUGUGAAAUGCCGUACUGAAGAAGAGAAAUAUAAUGCGAUUCAAAAUAUAUACGGUGGAAUCACUAUUGGUCAAGCAAUUAUAUUCUGUCAUACACGUAAAACUGCUGGAUGGUUAGCAAGCAAAAUGUCUAAUGAUGGUCACUCUGUUGCUGUUCUUUCUGGAGAUCUAACAGUUGAACAAAGACUAGCUGUAUUAGAUCGCUUUAGAGCCGGUUUGGAGAAAGUUUUAAUAACCACAAACGUACUAUCACGCGGUAUUGAUGUUGAACAAGUAACAAUUGUUGUAAAUUUUGACUUACCCAUGGAUUCAAAAGGGAAUGCGGAUUGUGAAACAUAUUUGCAUCGUAUCGGCCGUACAGGAAGAUUUGGCAAGAGUGGUAUUGCUAUAAAUUUGAUUGAAAAUGAAAAGGCAAUGGCAGUUUGUGAUACGAUAAAACACCAUUUUAAAAAAAAUAUCCAAUUAUUAGAUGCUGAAAAUUCGGAUGAAAUAGAAAAAAUUGGUUCGUAAAUAAAAUAAUCUUUAUUAAAAUAAAAAUUAUAUAUUUUUUCG